ACGUCUCUGACUUUGAAUUUCAUAUUAUUUCAAAAUCAGCUGUCCUCGAUUUGCAAACAAAAAAUUUAUGCAAUAUUAAGUGUUUCAAUUAAUGCAGGCACAAUAUAAAAGUAUAACUAAAAAGUUAUGAGUUUUCCCACCAAGGAGCAAAGAAUCAAGUGUUGGUCUUCUCGCGACGAAUACUGGAAAUGCCUUAGUGAAAAUGCUCCGCAACACAGUUCGACUAGUGGCGAAAACGUGCCUAAUGCUUGCGAAAGACUAAGGAAACUCUUUGAAACCCAUUGUCCUGGCCAAUGGGUUAAACACUUCGAUCGCAAAAGAACCUACGAACAAUUCAAAGAACGAAUGGAACGAGGUUACGACCCCCUAGAAGAGACAUCAAAAGGCUUUAAAGCAAGCUGAACUAUGACUUCGUUUUAGUAAUAAAAUGCUUUAAUUAGUGUAUUAAAAACAAAAUUGUGUACAUUUAAAUAGAUAUUACGAUUCAAGAGCUUCAUCUU